AUGGAUGACUAUGGGGCGUUGUUGCCAUUCAUAGGAAUUAGCUCCCAUACCUGGUCUCAGGAGCAAGAAACUGCACGGCUUGACAGAUUGAAAAGACUUGUGGCUGCGGCUUGUCUGCGGAGAACGAAACAGAAUGUCGAAAAUCAGUUGAUGCUUCCGCAUCGUGCUGAGGCAGAGCAAUGUAUUGAGCUAAACACUUCAGAGCGCUUGCUCUAUGACUUCUUCAAAGCUCAAGCAUUUUCCGUGGCUGCAAAAUCUACGGUAGGUAAUGAAGCUAUCGAGAAAGGAGCACAUGGUAUUCUUUCUUUAAUGAAUGCCCUACGAUUAAUCUGCAAUCACGGAGAGAAUCUUCUACCCCCCUUUGCCAUAAAAUUAUGGAAAGAGCGAGAUACUCCUCCGGGUGGUGAUCUGAGCGUCCAGGAAGCUACUUAUCCGCGACACAGAGCUGAGGCUUCACUAAUCCUUAGCUCAGAGGCUUUUGAGUCGAAGUUGGAUGUCUCAACUCCUGACCACCAAGGGAGCCACUCUUACGUACCGUCUUCAAAAGUCAUAGCUCUAACCAGGACUAUUAUAGCAGAGCAAGAAGGGAACAACUGCGAAGCGUUGACCUCAGUGCAUAUAGUUGAGCCUCAGUGGAAUCCGAUGAUUCAAGCACAGGCCUUUGACCGGGUGCACCGACUGGGACAGACGCGAGAUGUCCUGAUAACACGCUACAUAGUCAAGGAUUCAAUUGAAACG